AUGCACUACACUACCCUUCUCGCCAGCAUCCUUUCCUUCUCCCUCACCACAUCAGUGAGCGCCACUGCCAUUUCUCCUCGCGCCCUUCGCAAGGCCAACGAAUUCGUCAGCGAGAACUGUGCCCAAGGCACCGCCUCCUAUGAGCACCACAGCAACUUCAACAUCGAUGUCACCAUGGAUGACACCAGCAACUCUGUCUACCUUGCCUCAGGACCGUGGUACUUCUACGGCGGAAAGAGCGGCAACGGCGGCCUCUGCACCGGUGAUGUUCUCGGAUCUUGGGAGAACGACACCGAUAACCCUUGUGUCAACUUGAACCGCCGAGGAGAUGAUGGCCGCCGUAUCCAGUGCGUCCGAUGGAACAACAUGCACCCUUGA